AUGAACAUAGAAACCAUAAGCAAAGAAAAAGAGAGAAGCAUUGAACAAAUUCUUACACCAAAUAAGAGCAAUAGCAUAAUUGGCGCCAAAGACAAUCCCAAUGUAAAUGAAAAUAUAGACCAAGAAGAUUCUUCAUCAGGAUAUUUUACCUAUCCAAAUAGCAAGCCAUACUGCCGUGGUAGAAUACACCAAGUAGCAUUUUAUCUUACAAUAAUUAUGUAUAUUGUGUUAAUGUGCACUCUUCGUAUAAAUAAAAUAUACUUAUCGUUAUACUUUGCCUCACAGGUACUGUUGUACGGCAUAAGUGGUACGUAUCAUACAAAGAAAUGGAAAACAAGAGAAUCAGAAAAACUAUUUCAAAAAUUAGACCAUUCAUCUAUAUUCCUUUUAAUUGCAGGUACACAGACUUGUGUAAUAGCAGCAAUCAACGAAGUAAACAUAGGAGGCACAUCUAAUAUUCUGUUAUAUCUACCAAUAUCGUAUAUAUUGGCUAUUUUAGGCAUGUUAAAGGUAUUUUUUAUACAGAAUAUACCAAAAUCAGUUAAUGUGUCGUAUUAUAUAGUACACGGUGCUUCUGUUAUAAUAUUUGUGCCCAUAGAAUAUGUAAAGAAAGAAUUACCGCUAUUUGUGUUCAGCAUAUUCGGAGGUGUAUCAUAUAUAAUUGGUGGCAUAAUAUACGGAACAAAAAAACCAGACCCAUGGCCUAAGACCUUUGGGUUUCAUGAGAUAUUCCAUACACUAACGGUUAUUGGCAAUACAUUCUUUAUGCUAACUAUUGUAUGGGCUGAUUAUAAGGCUGGUCGUAUGAUCGGGUGAAUUUAUUCAAAAUGUGUGGUAUACUUGGGUAUAUCCAGUAAUAAAUAUGCUGUUCCCUCU